AUGACGUGCUCUGGUUUUCAGAGUGAUGGCAAUAAUACGCUUAAUCUGGAUGAAUGCCUUGAAUGUCUUUAUAAGGGACAACUAUUGAGCGAGCCCGUAAUAGAGCAGCUCUGUUUUAAGCUAAAGGAAUUGCUCAUUAAAGACUCUAACAUUGUUCAUAUUCAGUCACCUAUCACGCUGGUAGGAGAUAUUCAUGGCCAGUUUUUCGAUUUACUGGAGAUAUUUAAGAUAGGUGGGUAUCCACCGGAUACAAAUUACCUUUUUUUAGGCGAUUAUGUGGACAGAGGAUAUCAUUCAGUGGAGACGAUAUCGCUACUCAUAGUUCUCAAGUUGAAGUAUCCCAGCAGAGUCACUCUUAUUAGAGGUAACCACGAAUCGAGACAGAUUACCACCAAUUACGGCUUUUAUACAGAAUGUGCGACAAAGUAUGGAGCCGAAUCAAAGGUUUGGAAGUUGUUCACUGAUUUAUUUGAUUUCUUGGUGCUCUCUGCUAUAGUGGAUAACACCUUAUUUUGCGUUCAUGGAGGAUUAUCUCCAAAUGUUCAGACCAUUGAUUCGAUUUUGGUGAUUGACAGAUUCAAGGAGAUCCCGCAUGACGGUCCCAUGGCAGAUCUUGUUUGGAGCGAUCCGGAUAUCGAGUUACUCAACUUCCGAAUAUCAUCACGUGGUGCAGGAUACCAGUUUGGCGUCAAUGUGGUGAAUAGAUUUCUUCAACUGAAUGGUUUCGAGCGAAUUUAUAGAGCUCAUCAACUUUGCAAUGAAGGUUAUCAGAUCUUCUGGAAGGGUAAAGUCAAUACCGUUUGGUCUGCUCCCAAUUACUGCUACAGGUGUGGUAAUAAAGCUUCAAUUUUAGAGAUAUUUGAUAAGCUUUCGUCCGAUCCUAAAGGAUACAGGUUUAACGUUUUUGAUGCUUCUCCAGAUAGUGAAAAGGAAUUCCUACAGAUAGAAAACGUAGAUAAUGACUUUGACUACGAUGAUGAAAGGGACGGCCUUAAUACAGAUGGAAUUAAUAAUGGGGGUGGUUGGCAGAAUAUCGCCACUGGUGCCCCAGAGAACCGGAUGAUAAAGAAAGCUCCAUACGUGGAGUAUUUCAUGUGA